AUGUAUGGCCUCAGGUAUAUCCCGCUUGGUAGAGGGCCGAAGACUGGGCUCAUGAGGUGGUCCAAGAAAGGAGGGACCGGAAAGAACGAGAACUUCCACGGUGGCAUCAACCGCCUGGUGAACGGCGUGGCUCGGCUCGGUGCGGAAGCGUGCGAUGCGAGGCUGCUGCAACGCAUUCAUCGUCACAACCACGACAUGGACCGAAAGCUUGGCCGCACCAGCAAGCAGUCUACCCUGUGGGUCUGGAGGGAGCGUAAGGCGAACGCUGCAGCCGAGUCGAUCCUCACUUCGCGCCCGUUCCCCCGAGCGGGUGACACUCCGACGGUGGCCGCGGAGGACUUUGAGCCUAUGGGAGAUACCAGCCGGGCGGGGGCCGCGGCCGUCGGGGCAGGAGCGGGGGCUCCGGCGGGGACCGCGUUGGGUGCAUGUGCGAUGGUGAUGCCGUUGCCGUUGACCAACAGAGGAGGUCGGCCGGGAGCGGCGGCGCUCAUGCCGUCGACGAUAGCGACAGGUUCUUCCGCCGGUGCGGGGGCCGUGCCGCCACUGCUGUUGCCGCCAACGGCGACAGGAGGGGCUGCCGAGGGGGCGGGGGCCGUCCCGCCGCUGUUGUUGCCGUCAACGACGACAGGAGUUGCUGCCGAGGGCGCUGCGGGUACCAGUGGCGGCGGGGUGAUCGGAGGUGCGACCAGCAGGACCUACCGCAGCAACGCUGGAGAAGCCGCCGCCCAGGACAUCUCGCGCGGUAACUACGGAGGGGGGCGGCGUUUGCCUUCAAGGCACCCGACCCUGGAGAGGGUUAAAGCGUUGACUCCGACAAGUGAUGCAGAGCUGGAGGCCUUUGCCACCUGUCUCGCGGAAGCGACGAUGGUCUGAGACGGGAAGAGCCAGGUGAUGGCCGAGGCGACGAAACGUUACAACGCAAAGUAUUGCAGACAAGCACUUACGGGUGGCGCGCCGAAACUUCUCCGUGCGCCUACUACGGUAGAGAAGGCGCGAAAACGAUCCAAGAUAGCGGCCAAGGCAGGAAGGGACCGAGAUGCCGCCGCCGACCUCGCAGCCGUGAACGAGAUAUCUCGAGUCAGGACGUCCUCUGCUUCGACUUCUACUUCGACACCGCCGCCAGCAUCGAAGCGCGCCAGAGGGGACAGAGAUAGAGCGAGUGAAAGAGUCGCUAGCAGGGUGCCUUUGAAGCUUGAACAGAUCAGCACCCUCACGGACGCAGCCGCGAUCGCCUACAUGAAAGCCAUAGGGUUGAAGUUGACAGGCAAUGUUGCACUCAAGCGGAAGAAACUAUCCGACUUUUUCGAAAGCAAGAAUAUUUCAGAGUACAGGUACUCUCCGUCAAGGUCUGCGACAUCGCCCGCGCCCGCCGUAGGACCCGCCAGUGGGCACAUGUCAAUCUGAGGGUUGGGGACUCGAAAUAUCUGCUGGUGUUGAGUUGGUGUAGAUGUAUUUAUCGGCGGGGCCUGCUCUUUCUCCACCUUUGAUCCAGACAACUAAAUAUUAUUUAUGAUUCCAUGCGUGGACCGUCAAGGGUGAUGGCUCUGUCCUCCUCUGUGCGUUUUGUUGUCUGGCGUAUGUAUUUGCCUCCUGCGUGGGAGACGGGAAAGAUAUGCCGUUCGUCUCGUCCCGAACGACCGGUACGGAUGGAGUAGACUUGUUUUCGCCACGCCGAGCACGGAUGGAAGAAACAAG